AUGCGGCAUCUCGUGUUUUGUUCGCUCGGGUCCCUACGCCUCGUGCAGGCCUUGCGAAGUGCCGUCACGUGCACUACCACAGCAGACUGCGCAUGGGGCGAAACGUGCGUUGCCGGCGAUUCGGACUCAGUCGUCCAAGCAUGUGUACCGUCGACAGUGUGUGGCGGCUCCUCGGCGGGCAAUUGUCCGUCGGAUGCGAGUGGCAAACUUGCGUGUCUCUGGCGACCGGUCGACGACUGCAAAGAAGGCUGCGCGAUGUUGGACGGGAACAAGGGCGUGUACAAGUGCGUGUCGCUCGCACGGUGUGACAAGUACUAUGGAGGCACUGCGUGCAGUAAUGGGUGCAACGUGAACGGAAUGCAAUGCAAUGGACAGGGCCCGUGUGCUAUGGUAUCGUCGAACCCGGACGGCACGCCCAGAUUCAGCUGCACAUGCGGGGACGGCUACAGUGGGGACAAGUGCGAGAUUGUCUCGACGAGUACGGCGCGGACGAAAGAUCUGUCAUUCACCGCCAUCGCCGAUAAGAGAUUGAUGGGUGAUGACAACUACCAUUCAGAUGCGCGAACGAACUUCAUAAGCGACGACGUCACCGAUCGAGCCGAUAAGUUUCCUACAGACCCCUCGACUCGUGGAUCGAUGAAGACGUCAUCCCGUCCAGUCGGCGAUUUAGCUGACACUUCGUCCAGUGAAACCUCGAACGAUUCACCACUGUCCACGGUUGACCAGGACAUGGACGAGUCGACGGGCUUGUCCGACUCCAAUGACGUUUCCUCGAAUAUGAGCCCUCCGGCAGCUCCCAGCAGUGAGCCACGUGUCGGCGCUCACGGUAGUGGCAUUCAUUCGGGCGUGCUCAUCCUCGUGCUCGUGAUGGCCAUCGUGUUUGUGCUCGGCGCAGUAAUACUGGCCGUGCACUUGUGCAAGAAGAAGCGACAAGAACACGAGGAGGAGGACGCGUAUGCGUUCGAGAGAGCCAGUUCGACAAGUCUGCCGGAAGCCGAACGGCGCGUGGACCUGACGUCCAGAUCACGCAUCGUUUUAGUGUAA